CUAGCAGUUGCUUUGGCUGCAACCCUAGAUGAUGGAGUCCGAGCAGGCAGUCGUGGAGAGCAUGGGCACCGGGCCUAUGGACUCCAUGAGCCCAGUUGAUAUGCUCAAGCUUCUGGAAGACGAGGCCGAGCGGCUGUGUCAAAUCGAGCAAAAAAUUCUCAACCAGCUACACCACUUACAGGUAGAGGAGAGCAUUUACACACAGGCCAUGAAGCAACUGGAGACGACCAACACAACGAGCGAGCAGCCCAAGGAGGCGCUCGACGAGGCGGACGAGGAUGACGAUGACGACAUGAACUUUGCGGAGGAGCUUGAUCGCGAGCUCGCCGAGGCUCUCAAGGCCACACUCCAGGCAGAUGACCUCUUGAGAAAGGACGACACUGGCACUGCAGCUCCCGAGGACAAAGCGUCCCAAGACAUCGAGUAGAAGAGAAAGUUUGCGGUCUCCAGUUUUGUACAUAAGCAAGGACUUUUGUGUCAAUGUUUGAAGUAUUUGAUGUGAACCAGGUCCCCAACUUCACUGAUAA